AUGUCGGGCCCUCCGUCGCGCAUCCGCUCCAUCCUCAACCACCUGCUGCCCCAGUCCCCAAACCCUCCUCACAUCCAUCACCUAUCGCCAACCUUCUUCCUCGAGCGCGCCGCCGCCAUCGAGCCCAAUGCCCAUGCCGUCUUCCACAUCACCGCCAGCGGCGUCACCCUCCGCCGCUCUUAUCAGGACCUGGCCACCCGCGUCAUCGGCCUGGCCUACUACCUCAAGAACCAUGGCCUGACCCGUGUCGGCGUCCUGGCCCCCAACACGCCCGCCUUCCUCGAGUCCAUCUACGGCGUCGCUGCCGCCGGCGCCGUCAUCGUCCCGGCCAACUACAGGCUCAAGGAGCAUGACAUUGCCUACAUCUUUGACUUUGCCGAUGUCGACUGCAUCAUUGUCGACAACGAGUUCCUCGGCCUCCUCGCCGCUUACAGGACUCGCCAUCCCUCCGUGCCCGUCAUUGUCGACCUGGAUACCGACAGGACAGAAGGACCCGACUGCGGCCCUUUCAACCAAGCUGUCUUGGAGGGCUUGGCCUACGACAGCUCCCACGGCCGCCGGGGCUGGGCCGACCUUCACUCUCACGCAAGCAACGAGGACGACGUGCUCGCCAUCCCCUUCACCUCGGGCACCACCUCUCGCCCCAAAGGCGUCGAGUUCACUCACCGCGGCGCCUAUCUCGCCGCCCUGGGCAACGUGAUUGAAUCCGGCCUCAACACCGGCCGCUGCCGCUAUCUCUGGACGCUGCCCAUGUUCCACGCCAUGGGAUGGACCUUUCCCUGGUCCGUCGUCGCCGUCCGAGGCGUCCACUUCUGCCUCAGGAAGAUAGACUACCCUCUGAUCUGGAAGCUCCUGAAAGAAGAGGGCAUCACGCACUUCAACGCGGCCCCGACCGUCAACACGCUGCUGGUCGCGUGCAGCGAGGCCGAGAAGCUCUCUCGGCCUGUCCAAGUCACCGUCGCCGCCAGCCCGCCCAGCGCUCACCUCUUUGAGCAAAUGACAAGCCUGAACCUCAUACCUGUACACGUUUACGGCAUGACGGAGACAUACGGCCCCAUCACCAAAUGCUACCAACUCCCCGAAUGGGAGAAGCUGCCGCCCUCGGAAAAGUUCGCCAAGAUGGCGCGUCAGGGACACGGCUUCAUCAGCAGCCUGCCCAUCCGCGUAGUCAAGCCGGACCAGCCCGAGGGCGUCCUGACAGACGUGGCCAAGGACGGGCAGGAGAUUGGGGAGAUUGUCUUCUUCGGCAACAUCUGCGCCAAGGGCUACUUCAAGGACCCCGAAGCGACGCGCAAGCUCUUCGCCGGCGGCGGCCUUCACUCGGGCGACCUGGCCGUGUGGCACCCGGACGGCAGCGCGCAGAUUCUCGACCGCGCAAAGGACAUCAUCAUUUCGGGCGGCGAAAACAUCUCGUCAAUCGCCCUCGAGAGCCAGCUUGUCCAGCACCCGGACGUCCUCGAGGCCGGCGUCGUGGCCGUCCCGGACUCGCACUGGGGCGAGCGGCCCAAGGCUUUCGUCACGGUCAAGCAGGGCAAAGCGAUGACGGGGGCCGACGUCGUCGCUUGGGCCAAGCACCAGAGCAACAUUAGCAAGUUCAUGGUCCCGAGGGAGGUGGAGAUUGUGUCGGAGCUGCCCAAGACGAGCACAGGCAAGAUUAAGAAGAAUGAGCUACGCGAGUGGGCAAAGAACAAUGGCAAGGCGUAG